AUGCCUGGGGCCGUCUGGUCAAGGAAGAAUCUCUGCAGAAAGGUCCUCCUGCAGCUGAAGCAGAUGGUCCAGGAACUGAGGGCUCUAAAACCACCGCCUGGCGCGGGAGUAGAGAGGUGUGUCGGAGGUUCAAUGAUUGACUGCCGCCUACCGCAUGGGACUCCGCGCUUUGGGCCUUUCAAGACAAUUCAGGACUUGCACCGAUGGCUCAGAGAUGGCUAUGAGGGACCGAAAAGACGUGAUGACCUCACAGAAGAAGAGACGGUGGGUGGUAAGCCGUUCACAGAACCGGGGUUCAGUACCGUUGGAAUCGAUGGUUGCAAAACAGGAGGGCCCGUGGCCACCUCCAGUAUCCACACAUGGUGA